AGUCUAACUUUCAGAAUCAGUAUUAGAUCUAUAUAGAUCUACUAUAGUCUAUAGUGACAGAAGGAGGGGUUAAGGAUAUAUUUUGAAAAUUUAAGUAUCAGCUAAACAUGAACUAUCUAAAAUGCUUCUAAAUAGAUCUAAAAACACAUGCCAUGUAAUAGUCUUUGUGUAAAUUAUGGGGUGUUCCAUAAUAUUUGUUUGUCACAAUCAAUGACACUAACAAACGCUAUUUUAAUGUUGAAAAUGCAUAUCGAAGGGAUGUAUCUCAAGACCGGGUCAAUGCAUAUUAAAGUCAUAAAGUAGAUCUAGAUUUAAAGAAAUAUCUAGAUCUAAUCACCCCCAGCUUAAACUUAAAUUAACAUUCAGCAUGGCAGAAGGAGGCUAUGAACCAAAUUAUCGGAAAAAUUAUGACAGUCGCCCAAAAUAUAAUCAAGUUUGUCGAUACUUUCUGCAUGGUUCUUGUAAUAAGGGGAGGGAAUGUCAGUUCAGUCAUGAUAAGUCAAGAGCAGUUCCCAUGGAUACUGUAUGUCGAUAUUACUUAUAUGGACGAUGUAGUUAUGGAGAUAAAUGCAGGUAUGACCAUGUUAAGAAAGAUGUACAGAGAGACAGCCAGGCAUCAUCAAGCCCAUCAGUUCAGAAUACAGAGAAUAGAAGAACUCCACAGAAACAACAAAAUGCAUUAGCUUCCAACAUGGUGACACUUAAAAAAGGCGGCUUUGACAAAAGCAGAGCACACUCUAGUAACUCAAGCAGAAAUGAUCACAGAAAGAAGUGGGCCAUGGCCAGAGAUUUUGUACCAGGGCAGAAAUAUUAUGGAGCAGUUAGCUAUGCUGAUGCUGUGCACCCUGCGAUGGCCCACGACAGCUCAUCAUUUGAGCCAAGAGAGUAUGAGGAAGGCCUGUGUCCUUACUAUGCUUUAGGAGAGUGCCCCUAUGAGGAGAACUGCGCCUAUCUUCAUGGUGAGAUUUGUGAUCUUUGUGGUAUGCCCCGGCUGCAUCCUACAGAUAUAGAACAACGAGAACAACAUGUUAGGGACUGUAUAGCGGAGCAUGAAAGACAAAUGGAGUUAGCAUUCUCUGUCAAGCAGAGUAAAGACAAGGAGUGUGGCAUCUGCCUUGAGAAUGUGAUGGAGAAGGAAGGAAAGGAUUCGAAAAGAUUUGGAAUCCUAGAAAAUUGCAAUCAUUGCUUUUGUCUAAGCUGUAUUCGUCAGUGGCGCAGUAACAAAAAUUCACUUAUAGAGACUCAUAGAGCUUGCCCUUCUUGCCGCACACAUUCAGACUUUGUGACGCCUAGUAAAUAUUGGGUUGAAUGUCCAGAGGAGAAGAAAAAACUGAUUAGUGAUUACAAAGAUGCAUUAAGUAAAAAGCCAUGUCAUUAUUUCAAGCUUGGUAAAGGAGAAUGUCCUUUUGACUCAAGAUGUUUCUACCGCCAUGCUCUUCCUGAUGGCAAAGUGGUGACUAACAAUAUUGUCAAGCGUCGUCGCAGGGAAAAUGCAGAAGGCGAUAGAAUAGUAGAUGAUGAGAAUCUGCUGUGGGAUUACAUUUCAAGGAGAGAGAGGGACGGAGAAAGUGAUUAUUCUCUAGAAGAUGAUUUAUAUAUGUUCUUAUUAGAGACCUUUCAGGACGAUGAUGAUGAUGAUAACAAUAGCAGUUUUAUCCGUUUCGCAUUGAGGGAAAAUCUUAUCCUGUCAGAUACAGAUAGUGAUUCAGAUGAUUCAUAUGAUUAUUAAUAGCAUCUUGCAAUUGAUUUCAUCUAUAGGAGACUGUUGUUUUAUGUAUGUAUGUAGAGGGACAGGGUCUUACAACCUAUAUCACUUUAAGAACGCUUAGGCUUAUACAUAUUUACUAUAUAGAUAUUAUUCAGUGUAAUUUUCUAUUCUACAAUGUUAAAAUUUUUAAAAACUAAUAUUAGAAAAAAAAAUUGAUUGGAAUAGUAAUUUUUUUGGUCAAGCUGCAGCUCAUGACUUAAGAAUGAUAAGAUUAAGUAUUGUGUUGCAUUUUGACUUAAUAUCAACCAGUUGUUUUUUUUAGCUGAUCGGUAGGCUCUUGCACAGUUUUAUAAAAAGAAAUAAAAACUGGAUGUUAAUAUCUGCUUGGAGAUAAAGUUUUAGAUAAUAGACUGUUGCUUGUCAUUUGUAAUUGAUAAGGACCACUUCUGUCGACCUAAGAAACCAGAGACUGCAUUUCUGUGCUUUCGCAUGUAUGUUAUGAGGCCUAUUUCUGUAUGUUUAGCUACAAACUGUACCAUUAAAUCUGGUGCAUGUAUGAAUAGCCAUUUCUUUUGGAUCAUUGGCUUGUUUUCUGGUAUCAUCAGAGGUAAAGGUUAAUGUUUUGAAAAUAAGGCUUUAAGGUUGGCAUUAGAAGAUAUUUUGAUCAACAGUUAUACAUUCUCAGAGCAUUAUGGUAGAUAUGUUUAUAAAAUUUCAAUGAAACUUUUACAUUAAGAUUCAAGAUUUUUAGAGAUUCUAAUUAUAGAUUUUAAGACAAAAACCAGUUAAAAAGCAUUUAUCCAAAAGCUUUUUUAUCGAUCUUGACAUAUCUCUGAUUGCAUUUUUUAAAAAUUAAUUUGGAUUAUAAAAUCAUCAGCUUAACUAAUGACAAUCUUGAUAUAUCAGUUAUUUUAUGUUAGAUAAUGAUAGGUAACUAGACCUCCAUGUGAGUGGUAAUCUUCAUGUUUCUGCCAAAAGUAUUAUUCAAAUUUAAAUACAACUGUUCAUUUUUAUUUUUUUUUUCUUAUACAUGGAUCUUUUAAAGUGAUAUUUUCACAUUACAUAUAAAUGUCAAAGUAAGUCAAAUUCUUAUGAAGGCUCAACAUUUGGCUAGAUCACACAAUUUUUUAAUACCUUAACUGGAAAUAUAUUUGUAAAGUUUUCAAGUCGUUAGAAAUUUUAGGCAAUACUUUUUAAUCCGCUGUUGUCUGUCAUUUUACUUCUUACUCAAAAGAUGUCAAGUGUGUAUUCUUUACCACACAUUGUUGUAUAGAUAAUUGUUGUGCAGCUUAGCAAAGAAACCAAAACAAAAUUAAGUGCUAGAGUAAAGAAAUUUGGAUGUAUGUAAACAAGAAUACAUACUUGAUCCAAAUAGUUUUAUAGUCAUCAUAUACUUAAUUGCUUUUAUUCUGUUUGCUUUUUAAAUUUAAAAUGACCAACUUCUUUUCAAAAAUUACAUUUUGCCCCUUUUUAUGUGUUUUUAAAAUAUUGAAAAUUUGGCUAAAAACAGGGCAGUAUUUCAGUAGGUCAUCACUUUUCGAAAUAAAAUUUUAAUAGCCCUGAAUUUUGCAUUCGUCAAAAUAUUUGAAAUACUUUAAAAUCAACUGGUUUAUUUUGUUUUAAAGUCUACUUUCUUUUUAACAAUUAUUUUUCUCAGCUUGAUGUUACUCAAUGUUCUGGUAUGUAAUCUAAAUGGGCCAAAAGAAAUGAUAAUUGAAUUAGUGGACAAGAGUUUGACAGAUAAUUUUUUUUUUUUAAUGUUUAGAUUUAUUUUUAUAAAAUUACAAUCUCAGGCAUUAUUAUUAUACGAUAUUUAAAAAUGAUAAUAGUACCUUAAAUUACUUUUUACUAUGCAUGAUAAAUGAUUUAUAUUAUUCUGUAAACUUUUACUUGCAUAUGUUCCUUUAAUAAUGAUAUUACUCCAAUUGAUUACUAAAUGAAAUAAUUAUAUUCUAAUACUUAAAUAUAAACUAUACCGGUACAUUAAAAUCAAAUCAGUUGAUAUAAAUUGGAAAUAUUUUUUUGGUCCAUUAUUUGGUAUUAUAGCGACUUAUAUGGUAAUCUAGAAAACUGUCAAUGUAAAAGGACAUUUGGGACAUAAAAUUAGACUUGUAAUUCCUGCCCUACCUCCAUUAUAGGAAAACAAAAUGUUAUAAAUUGUAUAAAAAGUACCAUGUAGGAUACAGUAAAGUUGAAGCUUGUUUUGUCGAUUUCACCUUUGAAAAUAAUCUUCAUUAGCUUUUCUUUAGACUGAUAGUUCAGACCCAUAGAAAUGUCUCUGCCCUUCUACCAACAUCUCUAGUCAGCAGUUGUUUUAACAAAUAUAUGUUCGCACUCAAUCUUAAACUGAACUUUAUUGUUGUAAUUUUGUUUGAAGAAAAUAUAACAAGAAUUGAUUCUCA